CUGGCUUCCACCAGCUCAUCAACAAUUUAUUAGUAGGCCACCUUACGUAAACUCUGGCUAAUUACAGUAUCAUUUACAUUGUAGUUUAACAUUUUCUCCACCCUUAAAAUCACAUGACAGUUCUGAAACAACCAUAUAAAGUUUGAAUAUGGGAGAAAACCCAAUUCUAGAAAUUACUAUCUAAAACCAGAUCCCUUAGCUUUGAAUAUUCCUCCCCUCAAUUACUAAGACUUCCUAAGACCAAAACCCCCCUUCCUUUUGGGGCAGCUGCUCUUUUCCAGCCUGCUUGAUCUCUCUCUUAAGAGCAUAGUCUUGCUGUCUGUCUUUCAAUGUAAAGCUGUUUCCUUUUCUUAGGUGGUGUGUCCUGAAAUCCUUUUUUCCUACAAUCACCAAAAACCUGAAAAGGCCUCCACUCCAGGUGAAGGCUGGUAACACUAUGACGUAGGAACUGCUAUUGCUGUCGUCUCUGUUUUGUACAAGAGGUGGCAGAGGCCCGGAGGCAAUGAAGUGACCUUGUAUUGAAUGAAGUGACAGUGUAAUAAAAGCUAAUGUAGAACACUUAUUAUGUGCCUGGCACAUGUGCUAAGCAAUUUUCGUGGCUGAUUUCAUGUAAUCCUCACAGAUGUUCAUCUAUAACUUGGUACAGGUGAGCAAUUCUGUUUUUGUAUUGCUUCACUGGCCAAGAGAUUCCUUCCUAUGUUAGAGAGCAAGUUUCUGUUAUUUGUUUACUUUUACUUUCAUAUUGUUGACUUAAACAAUGAAUGUUUAAUGUAGGUGAGUUCAAAUUCUUCUUUAUGUUGGUCAUUUUUAGUUGUUUGAUAACUUUAAGGGUUGGUUCCAAAACUAUUUUGUUUUAUGCAGUCUUUGAAAAGAGAGGAUCCCGAGAUGUUAAAUUAGGAGAAUAUUCCCUUCUGGCCUGCUGCUGUGGGUCUGCAGGCUGCUCCCUCUGCUGCGACUGCUGCCCCAAGAUCCGCCAGUCCCGCAGCACCCGCUUCAUGUACGCGCUCUACUUCAUCCUGGUCGUCAUCCUCUGCUGCAUCAUGAUGUCAAAAACCGUGGCCAACGAGAUGAAAGAGCACAUUCCUUUUUUUGAAGAUAUGUGUAAAGGCAUUAAAGCUGGAGACACCUGCGAGAAGCUGGUGGGGUAUUCUGCGGUGUACAGGGUCUGUUUUGGAAUGGCCUGCUUCUUCUUCAUCUUCUGUCUGCUGACCUUGAAAAUCCACAACAGCAAAAGUUGUAGAGCUUAUAUUCACAACGGCUUCUGGUUCUUUAAACUUCUGCUGUUGGGGGCCCUGUGCUCUGGAGCCUUCUUCAUUCCAGAUCAGGAGACCUUUCUGAACGCCUGGCGUUACGUGGGAGCCGUUGGAGGCUUCCUCUUCAUAGGCAUCCAGCUCUUCCUGAUCGUGGAGUUUGCACAUAAGUGGAACAAGAACUGGACUGCAGGCACAGCCAGUAACAAGCUGUGGUACGCCUCUCUGGCCCUGGCGACACUCGUGAUGUAUUCCGUCGCCACUGGAGGAUUGAUUUUGAUGGCAGUUUUCUAUACACAAAAAGACGGCUGCACGGAAAACAAAAUUUUCCUGGGAGUCAAUGGAGGCCUGUGUCUGCUUAUCUCAGCAGUAGCCAUCUCACCCUGGGUCCAAGAGCGGCAGCCGCACUCAGGGCUCCUGCAGUCAGGGCUCAUAAGCUGCUAUGUCACCUACCUCACUUUCUCAGCCCUGUCCAGCAAACCUGUAGAUGUAGUUCUAGAUGAACAUGGGAAGAAUGUUACCAUCUGUGUACCCAACCUUGGUCAAGACCUGUACAGAGAUGAAAACUUGGUUACUUGGCUGGGUACUGGCCUUUUGAUUGCAUGCAUCUCAUAUUCAUGUUUGACAUCCACAACGAGAUCAAGUUCUGAUGCCCUGCAGGGGCGCUACGCAGCUCCUGAACUGGAAAUAGCUCGGUGCUGUUUUUGCUUCGAUCCCAGUGGAGAAGACACUGAAGAGCAGCAGCAGGUAAAGGAGGGACCACGAGUCAUUUACGACGAGAAGAGAGGCACCGUCUAUAACUAUUCCUACUUCCACUUCGUGUUCUUCUUGGCUUCUCUCUAUGUGAUGAUGACCAUCACCAGCUGGUUCAACUACGAAAGCGCCCACAUCGAAGCCUUCUUCAGCGGGAGCUGGUCCAUCUUCUGGGUCAAGAUGGCCUCCUGCUGGAUCUGCGUGCUGCUGUACCUGGGGACGCUGGUCGCUCCUCUGUGCCGUCCUGCCCCGCACUUCUCCGUGUGAGCACGUCCGCGGAGCCCUUGGCUCGGCAGGCCUGCAGCCGUGUGACGACAUCCUUUGCACAGCGUCCCGGGGGGUGUGAGCAGCGACUGGUGCCCUGUGCUUGAGUGGGUCUGAAAAGGCUUUCAGAAAAAAAAAAAAUUUCCCGAUCAGCUUUUUAAUUGUUAAUUCAAAAAGAAACUACCAGUUUGUCCCAAAGGACUUGAAAUUUUCAGCCAAACUGAUCAUGGGUGAUAAUAUAUGUUUUUAUUUGUCUUACUGCUAGAAACUGAAUAGUAGUUAUGUUGGUAUUUUCCUUCUACACUUUUUUUUUUU